AUGAUUAUCAAGUACAUCGAAGUCAACGUCGUUGAACCAGACGCAGCUGAAUUAGACCGGACGAUUGCUGUACUCAACACAGUUCCCGGCGUUUCGGCAAUAAUCGAUCUGGCCUUCCCCUUACUGACAAUAGAUGGAAUGCGAGGGGAACCCGAUGAUGACAUUCUAUUAACCUAUUGCCCAACGCUUUUCGUUGUGGGUUCUGAAGCAUGUGACUACCACGCAGGUGCAAUGAAAUAUAUGCGAUCAAACAUGAUAACGCCUACUGGCCUUGUUGUGAUCGGUCAUGCCAACAACAAUUUGGUCGUUGCCAGUUCCAUUUUGUCCCGUCUACGCAUAACUCAAAAAGUUGUCAACAGAUGCAUUGUGGAGCAGAUCUGUGAUUUCCUCUCCAUGGACUGGACGAAACGCGAGCGAUCUCGUCUUGUUCCCAUGCCCUUGAAUGAUACCUUCAAGGUCGAUUUGAUGCAGCUCAAAAUUGAUGAAAGAGCAGCUCAAGCGAGUAAGAAGCCGAAAGAGGACAGCUUGGCUGAUAGCCGUAGUCGUAAGAAGAAAUUAUCCGGUACUCCCCUACCUUCUCCUAUCCCAAGAGAUGCUUCGCCAUCACCACUUCCUCUUUCGCAGCUGGAUAGCAUGCGAUCGAAC